AAAUACUGAUGCACUUCGCAGAUAUUUAAUGCUAAACCAAGAACUGAUAGGUAAACCAAGGAAUGAAAAUGAUCAAGGUUGUGGUUUCUAUGUGUCUUCUGUCAGGUGUCAUAAGGAUCGCGCAAACAUGUUCUCACGAUCAUGAUUGCAAGCAUCAUUCCUGUCAGGGUAGCCAACCACAUUGUUCUCAACAUCGAUGCCAUUGUGAGUCUACGCUGCUAUCUUGUCUGCGAUCGUCUGAUUGUUCUCAUCACACGUGCUCCAGUCCGCUGCACCCAUACUGUUACCAUUCACAUCAUUCCAGUUCAAGGUGUGCUUGUCAAGAAUGCACACAUGACGAGGACUGUGUAUGCGCAGAUUUAAAGAAGACGCCGCAUUGCUACUAUGAUCGCCAUAGUCAUGAUAGACAAUGCUAUUGUCGUACUCCUCCAACAACUUCAACAGCCAUAGAUUCAACAAAGACUGAAACAACAGAUGUUACUACACCAUCUUCUCCAAGUAUUGCAGCUGGUGUAACGGGUUCCACAAAGGCAUCGAUAAGUUGUCAUCAGCAUGCCCAAUGUGUUGAUCAUGUGUGUCCUGCCGACCUUCAUCCUUAUUGCAGAUAUAAUGAUCAUUCAACCUCGUGCGAUUGUACAGUUUGCACAGACGAUUCACAUUGCACACAAUGCAGCUCUGGGGUGAUUGGGAACUGUGAAUUUAACCUUACAACUCGUAUCUAUAGCUGUCAUUGUGAUUCGCCAAAUACGCACUCCACUUCGUCCUCUACACAACAUACAACAACUUUAGACUCGACGACUCCGACUUCAGCCUCACAAGUCACUGAAUCGUCAACUGGACAGAGUACGAGCCACGUGUCUAGUACCACAGGAACUAAACCUAGAGUUUCCAGAAAAUGCCAUGUGUGUGGUAACUCGAGCAACUCGAUAUCCUGCGACACGAGGACUAUUUACUUGGGUAAUUUACAGACCUGUCCACAGGGUGAAGAUUUCUGUAUGACUGACAUUAUCCACGAUGGGCAAGCCAAUCCAAACAUAUACAAAAGAUGUGUCACGGAACAUGAAUGCCGGUACAAAUGGCUGCAGCAGACGUCUGACCUGGAAUAUUGUAUGAAAUAUGGAGACGUUCCCAUGACAGGUCCCUACAGCUGCCACUUCUGUUGUGUGUCGGACGGAUGUAACGCUGGACUAAUUCCGGAUAAAUCCAACUACUAUUCAAAAGCAUAAAUAUAAGCGACGAUUGUUCAGUGUGUUUAACAAUGGACUGAACAGAAGAAUAAUCAAUGAAAGUAUUUCAAAAUCUCA